AUGGCAGCAGCUGCGUCCGGCUCUGUCGCACUAUCUUUAGGGGAAGUUGGAGGCGUUUUGCACGGUGUGGAUGGUCUACCGCAGGUGGGGUCCCAUUACUACCUGCCCGCGCUGCAAGGGGAUGGUCCGGCGCUCUUUGGGGACCAACUUGCACCGGGGGAUAGACUCUACCGGAGCACCACGACGGAUCUCACGCACCUCAAAGGGAUUCUGAGGCGGAGGCAGCUGUACUGUAGGACGGGCUUUCACCUGGAGAUACUUCCAGACGGGACUGUGCAGGGGACCAGGAAGGAUCACAGCAGAUUUGGGAUCCUGGAGUUCAUUAGCCUGGCGGUGGGGCUAAUCAGCAUUAAAGGAGUUGACAGUGGCUUGUACCUGGGAAUGAACGACAAGGGGGAGCUCUAUGGAUCAGAACAACUCACACCAGAAUGUAUUUUCCGGGAGCAGUUUGAGGAGAACUGGUACAACACUUAUUCCUCCAAUUUGUACAAAAACGGAGAGAGAGGGACACGAUACUUUGUGGCUCUAAACAAAGAUGGAACGCCUCGAGAUGGGACAAAAUCUCGAAGACACCAAAAAUUCACACACUUUUUACCAAGACCAGUGGACCCAGACCGUGUUCCUGAACUGUACAAGGAUAUUCUGGGACAUAGCUGA